AUGGCAGAGAAAAUAGAGGCAGUGGAAAAAUUCAAAGGCAAAAGCAAUGAUAUUAAUCCAUUUUCUCAUCUUGCUCCACUACCAGGUAUUCAGUAUCAGUCAUCCGAAGACUUCAUUUAUUUUGAAUCAACAAAAAUGGCUUAUAGUCAAAUCUGGGAAGCACUUGUGGAUGAUCGCGUCUCUAUAAUUGGAGUGCAUGGAGAGGGUGGAUGUGGAAAAACAGCCCUUGUAACAGAAGUUGGCAAAAAGGCUGAGGAAUUGGAUAUGUUUGAUAAGGUUAUAUCAAUCACAGUGUCUCGAACUCCAAACGUUAGAGGCAUUCAAGGAGAAAUGGCUGAUAUGUUAAACGUGAGAUUGGAGGAAGAAAGUGAAAAGGGAAGAGCACAGCGUUUAUGGCUGUGUUUACAAGAAAAGAAGCGAACUCUUCUAAUAGUAGAUGAUCUAUGGGAAAAGUUUCAUUUGAUGGAUAUAGGGGUUCUCUUAGACAGUGUUAACAAGGGAACUUGGAAGAUCCUCAUAACCACUCAUAGCGAGCGUAUUUGUAUAUCAAUGGAAUGCCAAAAGACUACUCAUUUGGAGCUCUUGUCUGUAGAUGAAUCUUGGACUUUCUUCCAAAAAUUUGCAAGAGUUGAUAACAUACACUCCAAAAAUUUGCCACGGGAAAUCUGCAAUGAAUGCGAAAGACUUCCCUUAACAAUCAAAACUGUGGCGUCAUCAUUAAAAGGAAGGCCUGAAAGUGAAUGGCGUCGGGCGUUAGAGAAGUUGAGGGAUUCAAAGGCAUCCAAUGAUGAAGGAGAAGUGACUGCUACUUUUAGCUGCCUUAAAUUAUGCUUUGGUUAUUUGCUAAGGCCAGAAACAAAACAACUGUUUCUGAUGUGUUCUCUUUUUCCCGAAGACUAUCACAUCCCAAUAGAAGAUUUGUUGAGGUAUGCGGUUGGACUGAGUGUGGAAGAGAGAUUAUCGUUACAGUCAAGAAGAAGCUUAUAUGAAGCAAACAUCAGCCAACUUUUAGACUCAGGUUUGCUGAUGCGAGGUUCCGUGAAGAUGCACAAUGUGGUUCGUGAUGCAGCCUUAUGGUUUGCAAAUAGAUCAAAGAAUCGCAAAAUAUUGGUAAAUGUGGACAAACCACUUAGCACAAUUGCAGAGGACAACAAGAUAAGAGAUUGUUUUGCAGUAUCCUCAUGGUGGUAUAAUGAAAGUCCCUCUUUCUGUCAAUUGCUUGCUCCAAAUCUUAAAAUGCUAUUGCUAAACAUAAGUGCUCGUAGAUCAUGGAAUUCCCUGGAUUUAUCGCAUUUAACAUUUGAAGGAAUACAAGGGCUUGAGGUGUUUUCUCUAACCAUCAACUACAAAAUAGUACGAUUAUCACUACCUCCCUCUAUCCAACUGUUGACCAAUGUUCGAACUUUGCGCUUAAAUGGAAUGGAGUUUGGUGACAUAUCUUUCAUAGCAAGUUUAAUAAGACUUGAGGUUCUUGACUUGCGACGUUGUAAGUUCAACGAACUUCCUAUUGGAAUAUGUAAACUCUUACGUCUAAAGCUGCUAGAUUUGUCAGAAUGUCGUAUUUUUGGAAACACCUAUAAUGGAGCAAUAGGAAAAUGUUCACAACUAGAGGAACUAUAUGCUUCAGCAUGCUACCCCGAAGCCUAUGUGUUAAAGAUCAGUAUGGAUAUCAGUAUUCUCUUAAAUUUACAAAGGUUUAAAUUUAGUGAUCAAAUCACACUAAAAUUAAAGGAUUGUAAUAUCUCAAAUUUGAAGGCAUCUGAAAAAACAAUUCUGCAAAUAGGUAAAAAUAUUUCUUUGACAGGCCUUCAUGGAGGAUGUAAAAAUAUCAUCCCAGAUAUGGUUGGAAUUGUGGUAGGCAUGAAUGAUUUGACUUCUCUCCAUCUUACAAGUUGCAAAGAGAUAGAAUGCAUCUUUGAUGCAACCUAUGAUUUCAAGGAAGAUGAUUUGACUCCCAGCUUGGUCCAGUUAAGACUUCAACUUUUGGAAAACUUGACAGUAUUGUGUCGAGGUCCACCUCUGGAAGUACUACGCUUCUUUGAAAAACUAGAACUACUUGAUUUACGAUAUUGUAAGCAGUUACAGAACAUUUUUCCUAGGGAAUGUAAGUUACAAAAUCUUAAGAUCCUCAGGUUAGAAGAUUGCAAGACCGAUGAAGUACUUUUCAUAACAUCUGUUGCUCAAAGUCUGCAGCAAUUAGAACAACUAAAAAUAAGUGGAUGCGAUGAAUUGAAGCAUAUAAUUGCUGAAAGUGGAAGUGAACGCGAUGGCUGUAAUACAAGUGGGGAAAUAAUUCCAAGUUCAAUGAAUUCUCAUUUUCUGAUGACCAAUCUAAGGGAAGUUGAGAUUUUCAGUUGUGGAAGUUUAGAGUCAAUAUUCCCAAUUUCGAAUGUUGAAGGACUAAACCAAUUGCAAAAGCUGGAAAUAUCAUCAUCUCCUAAGCUGGAAUAUGUGUUUGGUCAAUAUGGUCAUGAAACCCUUUCAUCACACCAAUACCAGAGCCACGUCAUGCUUCCUCAUUUGGAAUCUCUCAUAUUCCUUGGUCUUGACAAUUUAAUUGGGAUGUGUCCAGAGAAUUGUCAAGCAAAGUGGCCAUCUCAGUCUCUGAGGACAAUGACCAUAGUUAACGGUCCAAAAUUGGAUGUACCAUGGUUCAAUUUGCAGGUUGGCUAUGAUAAGAGACAACAUCAUCAUCUGAAUGAAAUUUGGAGUUUCCAAUGUCUUCAGAUUUUAACAGUGGGCAAUUUUGCGAAAUUGAAAUGUUUAUUCUCCAUGGAAACACAUAGAAGCUUACCAGAGUUGAUUUAUCUUGCCAUUCGCGACUGUCAAGAAUUGGAACAAAUUGUUGCAGUAAAUGAAGAACCUUUGGAACUUCCUAAUGCUGAAUUGUAUUUUCUAAAGCUAAAUUAUAUAUAUGUCUAUAACUGCAACAAAUUGAAAAGCCUUUUCCCUCUUGCUAUGGUCAGAAUGCUUCCACAACUAAGUUCGCUUAGAAUAACUAGAUGUGCUCAAGUUGAAGAGAUGUUUAGACAUGGUCCCGGAGGAGACGAUAUUAUCAAGGAAAUGGAAGUUGUGCUUCCAUACUUAGCACAUGUAUUCUUGGCUGAUCUACCUAAUUUUCUAAAUAUCUGCCAUGGUUAUAAGUUACAUAAUACUGAUCGGCUACAACUCCACAUAUCUAACUGCCCCAAAAUUGUUCAGAUGAAACUGGAAGAAGAAAAAGAAAGAGUAAGAUUAAAAUAUUCUGAUUCUUCUUCUGAAACUGGAAGAAGAAGAAGUAGAGAAAGCAAGAUUAGAAGACGGUGAUUCUCUUUAUUCGCCCUCACUUUCAAAACUCGAAAGAGAAGAAAAAGCAAGAUUAGAAGAUAAUGAUUCUUUUUAUUCGCCCUCACUUUCAAAACUCGAAAGAGAAGAAAAAGCAAGAUUAGAAGAUAAUGAUUCUUUUUAUUCGCCCUCACUUUCAAAACUGGAAAGAGAAGAAAAAGCAAGAUUAGAAGAUGAUGAUUCUUUUUAGGGUAAUAUUAACAUGUACCUUUAGGCACAUGUUAAGAGUUAAUUGUGGAAUUUUUUUUUUUAAAUUAUGCAUUAUUUUAAUUAAAAAUUGAUAAUUAAUAUAUUUAUUACGUUUUCAAUCUGAGAAGGUUGGUUGGUAUUCAAUGCUACAUAGGAUCAGGCACGCUGAUGGCUUACCCUGUCGUGGAAAGCGAACUCAUACAAAGGAAAUAUUUCAGUGUCAUAUUUCAGAGUGUAAAAAUACUGAUCAAGUUCAAUUUAUAUACAUGCACACAGUGAAUCCUAACGUGUCCUCUAAGCAUUAAGGAUGUCAACUAUAAGCUGUGAUUUUAAUGUUGUCUUCCGAAGCUACAACUCAUCUUCUUGUGGAUUGCAUGUUGGUAUUUCAAGUGUGGGAAAGGACUUAUAAAUGGUUGGAUAUUUUUGUAUGUUUUCACUUGUUUUGUUGUUGUAGUAGUCCACCGUGUGUAAACUUUCUUAUAAUUUUGUACACUUGUGUGUAUCCUAGAUGAAUACUUUUGUAAAUCAAUGGUUCAUUUUGAAGAAUAUAUAUAUG